AUGGUGAUGAAGGUGGAUUCCAACGGCGACGGGCAGAUUGACUUCGAGGAGUUCAAAAUCCUGUGUAGAAACAUGGCCGCUGGCGGAGAGGGAGAGGCGAGGGCGUCAGAUCUGGAGGCAGAGGAAAUCAAAAUUGACAGCGGUGGCGUCAGAGGAGAUGAAUUGAGAGAUGCGUUCGAGGUGUUCGACAGGGAUCGGGACGGGAUGAUCACGAUGGAGGAGCUGGGGUCGGUGCUGUCGUCGCUGGGAUUGAAGGAAGGGAAGCGGAUGGAAGCCUGCAAGGAGAUGAUCCGGAGAGUCAAUGCCGACGGGAAGGUGAAUUUUGAUGAGUUCAGGACGGUGAGCAUUCUUAAUUUGGUCUCUAAUCACCAAGGCGCCGUCGUCAAUAAUAGGGUUUGGGAGAUUGAAUGGGGUCGGAGCUGGGGAAGAAGAGGGGGGAAGGAGAGGGGGAACAGGUGA